UAUUUCAAGCUUUGCAAGUCAGCUAGUCGGUCAUUAGUGUACCCGAUCAGAACCGAAAUCAUUCCAUUAUCUUCAUCAUGCAUCGACUGCGUCUCCCCACCAUGCCCAAAACAUGCAUCCGUCCACAGCUGCAAACCCGCCUAAUCAGCACCCCCUCACAACCCAAGCCAACCCCCGCACGCUCCCACCAAAAACCUCAGAAUGAUGACUUGCGCAUUCUCCCCGCGACACCCAGUGAUAGCCCCGCUAUCGCAGAUGUCUUCCUGCAUGCUUUUUCCGACCCGUUCAAUCGACGCAUGUUUCCCAUCACCGAGGAUGUGCGUAGUUUCUGGGUAGACCAGUUCGCGCGCGAGAUUGAACAGUCGCGGGCUGCUGCUACUCCCUGCACUGCGUUCUUGAAAGUUACUGCUGGUGAAGAGGGGACGGUAGCUGCGUUUGCCAAAUGGUGGUAUCCUGUCCCAGCGGGGAUGACUUCAGAUGGUGAGAAAAAUCAAACCAAGACAGUUUGGCCCCCAAGCUCGGAUGCCGAUCUCUGUGAUCGAUUCUUUGGUUUGAUGAAUAGUGAGAAGAAGAGGGUCAUGGGAGGGAGGAAAGAGGGGUAUUUCUACCUCGACAUGCUGGGCACUCUCCCCCAGUUCAACGGCCGGGGCAUCGGAUCGAGGUUACUGCGCUGGGGACUGGACCGGGCAGAUGAGAAAGGUGUGCCGACUUUCUUGGCUUCCACGCCUGCGGGACGGCCCCUGUAUGAGAAGUAUGGGUUCGAGGCGGUGGGAGAGUACGAAGUGAUUCCGGGAUAUUUCCAGGCGUCGAUGGUGCGGGAAGCAAAGUUUUUAUAAAUAUGAUGUGUAUAAACACCUGUGUAUAAUAGAAUAGAAUUG